AUGGAUCUUGAAAUCGCAAAACCUCUAACGCUCCCCUGUGGGCUGACGGUCCCCAACCGCCUGGCGAAAGCAGCCAUGGCUGAAGGAUGGGGCGACAAGAACAAACUGCCUCAUCAACGCUUAAUAGAAACUUAUGGUUCCUGGGCAGAUGGCGAAUGGGGAUUGGUAAUGACUGGAAAUGUCCAGGUGGACGCAGCAUAUCUCGGCACACCAGACGACAACGCCAUCAACGGCGCCAUACCGCACGAACAGCAUUUGAAGUCAUGGAAAGCAUGGGCCCAAGCUAGCAACAGAAACGGAACACCAACCAUCGUUCAAUUGAACCACCCUGGCAGACAAUCAUUACCCGGAGCUGGAUCCCAUGGAUACUUUGGAAAGACCAUCGCUCCAAGUGUAGUCCCGGUUAAGCUGGGAGAGGGUUUGAUUGCCCGAUUUAUGAGCUGUCUAGUCUUUGGCAGUCCCAGGGAAAUGGACUCAACCGAUAUUCAACACGUUGUUAGUCGCUUUGCUGAAGGUGCCAAACUCUCCUAUGAAGCAGGGUUUGCUGGUGUUGAGAUUCAUGGCGCACACGGCUACCUAUUAGCCCAGUUCCUGAGCGCAAAGACGAACAAGAGGAAUGACGCAUAUGGUGGAUCUCCCAAGAAGCGGGCAAGAAUCGUUGUCGAGAUUCUACAGGCCGUGAGAAAGGUUGUGCCAAGGGAGUUCUGCGUUGGCAUCAAACUCAACAGCGUAGAUCAUCAAAGCCAACAGGAACUGGAGGAAUGCAUCGAGCAAUUGGAAGAUAUUGUCGCCGCUGGUAUUGACUUCCUGGAGAUAAGUGGCGGAACAUACGAAAAUCCCGAGAUGAUGACUGGUAAAGUUGGUGUGACGAUAUCAGAAAAGACUGCCGCCCGUGAGGCAUUCUUUCUUGAAUUCGCUCACGCAAUUCGUGACAGGUUCAAAGGUGUACCUCUGAUGGUGACUGGCGGGUUCAGGUCACGGCAAGGAAUGGAAGCGGCAAUCAGAGACGGUGGCUGCGACCUCAUCGGCAUUGGGAGACCAGCCGUUUUGAACCCAUUGCUACCCAAGAAUACGAUAUUCAAUAAGGAGGUCAGAGAUGAGGAUGCCAAACUUUACGCCAAGGUUGUUGCGCCUUCGUGGCUGAGUAGCUUGCUCGGUAUGAGAUCGAUCAACGGCGCGGCAGAAACUCUCUGGUAUGUGCAGCAGAUUCACAAGAUGCUGGCUCGGCUGUAA